GACCGCGUUACGUACAUAGACACGCUAAUUAUUAGUUGUGUAACCCAGGGUCUCAAAGUUUACGAGUUAUAUGGCAUUCGUUAUUGUCAGAAAUGUAAUAAUGUGACCCAAGUGCCAUGUACAAAUAUAACUAAUUCUAGGUACUCUGCGCUUAGAGUAAACCUAUACAUGAGUCAUGCUAGCAGUAAGCUGAAGACUUUCGUUGUAGCAGGCCUAACCUGCCACAACACUCCCACUUUCAUCCGGAGACACAGUCAAAUCAUUGCUGAUGUUGCGACACUAACUGCGAAAACUUUGCCCUGUCGACUUCGAGCAGCGAUACUACUGAGAUCAGAGGAGGUAUAUCCUUGGUUUGUCCGUUAUGGGAAACGCAUUCCGUAACAACCUUCACAUUCCUCCACCUAAGGGUCCCAAUGCAGUGGGUUGCACUGACUUUAUGAUGGAUCACACAGUGCAGGGCAGCUUCUUCCGCCUUUACUAUCCUUGUCAGAGGAUGGACAAAGCUGAAAUGCCCGACUGGAUCCCCAGCAGAGAAUACUUUAACGGUCUGGCAGACUUCAUGAAAAUCAACAGGACUUUCAGUGAAAGAAUAUUCAACUUUCUCUUUGGUUCCUUUAAGAUACCAGCCUACUGGGAUGCACCAUUUAGCUGCAGUGAGAAAUGUCCAGUCGUUAUAUUUUCUCACGGCUUGGGAGCCUUCAGGACGUUGUAUUCAGCUAUAUGUACAGAACUCGCCUCUCAGGGUUUCAUCGUGGCUUCCGUGGAACACAGAGACCUGUCUGCCUCAGCCACGUAUCACUUUCGAGAAAAGAGCGAGUCAAAGAAUUCCACAAAAGAAUCCGCAUCAGACAAUCUAGUGAGGGAAUGGAUAUACUACAGAACUCUGCGGCAAGGAGAGCAAGAAUUCCCCAUCAGAAACCAGCAAGUGAUCCAAAGGGCGGAUGAAUGCGUCCGUGCUCUAGAUAGACUAGCGGACAUAAACUCAGGGCUACCGGUGAAAAAUGUCUUGCAAACACACUUUGACUGGACCACAUUGCAGAACUCCAUGGAUGUGUGCAAAGUAGCCGUGAUGGGGCAUUCCUUUGGAGGGGCAACAGCUAUAGAGGCUCUGGCUAAAGACACUAAAUUCAAGUGUGCUGUGGCGCUGGAUGCCUGGAUGUUGCCGUUACGGGACGACACCUUUCCUCAAAUAAAGCAGCCCAUCUUCUUCAUCAACUCAGAGAAGUUCCAGUGGGCUGAGAACAUUAAGUGCAUUCAAAAGUUGGACUCGUGCGACAUCCAGAGGAAAAUGAUGACUAUCAAAGGUACGGUGCACCAGGCUUUCCCAGACUUCACCUUUCUGACGGGAGACUUCAUUGGGAAGCUGAUGAAGCUGAAGAGUGACAUCAACCCAGAAAUCGCCAUCAAUCUCUGCAACAAAGCAACACUCGCCUUUUUGCAAAGACAUCUUGGUUUGGAAAAGGACUUCAAUCAGUGGGAUCCUCUGAUUGACGGGAAUGACGAAAACCUCAUUCCAGGAACUAAUGUCACCUUGCUUCAGUCGGCCAUGUGACUUGCAGUGUGCACCGGUAUAUUAUUACUCUAUGCUGCAUGAAGUACCCAGGACCUCCUCAUCAGGUGAACUGUUUAAAACAGACAAAGAUUGUUGACCAAGACUGCCAGUGUAAUUGUUUUUUUUUUUUUUAAAGAACUGACACUUUCAAAGUAUUAUUUAAAUCUUUAAUAUUAACCAGCAGUUUCUGAUAUGAUUUUAAUCAAUGCUUAUUGUAUUUCUGCAAAAAAAGUGCCUUCUAGUUUUUGUACUCAUUAGUAAAUAAAGUUUCUACCCUAA